AUGCCCUCAUCAAUUCUUGUUUUAAGAAAAAAGAGAAAUCCGUCUGUUAUAGUUAUGGGAAGAAGUUGCAAUCUUCUCCUUCCUCUUGCAGUUUUCAUUCUACUAAUUCAUUUCCAUACUUCACUGUCCACUGUUACCAAUAUUAGUACUGAUGAAGCUUCUCUUCUUUCCUUCAAAUCUCAUAGUAUUUCUUUUGGUCCUAACAAUAUCUUAGCAACCAACUGGUCUUCUUCCAGCCCUGUUUGCAGCUGGAUUGGCGUCAGUUGCAGCUCCCGCCACCAUCGAGUCGUAGCAUUAGACAUUUCUAGCAUGCAACUUCAUGAAGAAUUGGCUCAUUUGCAGAGGUUGAAACUGAUUGAUGUCACAAACAAUAACUUUACUGGUGCCAUUCCAUCAUUUUUAGGUUUGUUACCGAAUCUUCGCAUUAUGAUCCUUUCGAAUAACCAAUUUUCUGGGAAAAUACCCUCCGCACUUACCAAUCUAACAAAGUUGGAAGUGUUGAGAGUGCAGAGAAAUUUUCUUGAUGGAGAAAUCCCCCGAGAGCUUGGUGAUCUUCGUUACACGGCAUUCAUAGACAUGCAAGGUAACCAACUUACUGGCUCUAUACCAACAUCAAUAUUUAACAUUACGACAAUGCAAAUCAUUGCUCUUACAACCAACAAUCUGACUGGUAAGCUUCCAAUAACUAUAUGUGACCAUCUUCCGAACUUGAAAGUGCUUGACAUCUCAAACAACUACCUAGAUGGUAUUAUUCCACCAACCUUGGAGAAAUGCAGAAAGCUCCAAACUUCGUCAUUGUUUAGAAAUGAGUUAACUGGAACUGUGCCAAGAGAAUUAGCCAACUUAACAGCUCUGACAGAAUUAUAUCUCGCUGCACAGCACUUGGAAGGUAGUAUUGUUGAAAUUUGA